UGAAACGUCGCAUUUCCUCAGAGAAUUCCCGCGCAUCUCCUCGCGGACGUCGCGCUGCACAGCGCGGAUAUGGCUGCUGAGGAGAGGAUGGCCGGGAGGUGGUGUUUUGCCCGCGGUCCAUGCGGGAGGCGGCACCAUCCGAGGGCGAGGAGCUCUACGCCACGCAGCGCCGCUGCUGGGUGCUGCCCCCUGAGCAGAAGGAGGGCCUUGACGGCAAGCAGCUUGAGCAGGGCAAGGCCGAGGCGAAUGGGAUCGUCGCGCCGGCUCGAAGAGUGUCUACGGGCCAGCGGCCCAACGACAAGGCAGCGCAGGCAGCGGUUCGCCGGACUUCCUCGGUGUCCAGCGACCGGCCCCGGCGCUCAGGCAUCGCCAGGAGCUCAGGAGGCUCCGCUGCGAGCCUUGGGAGCCUCAGGCAGGAGGAUGCACCCUCAGCUCGACGCCGGCCGACCAAUACGGUCACCCGGGUCGCAUCAGCGGGCCGCACAGCCGCAGGCGAUCGGGCGCCUCGCAGGGCUGACGCACCACGGGAGACCUCUCGAGAGCGCGAGCUCGACCGAGAGCGGCAAGCAGACAGCCAGUUGAGGCGCCUGGAGGUGCAGCUCGCAGGUUUUAAGACUCGGAACGCCGCCCUGGAGGGCGAAGUUGCAGGCCUGCGAGCGGAGGCACAGGCGGUGCAACGGGAUCAAGAGGAAGAGAUCACCAGGCUGCGGCAGGAGCUUCAGAGCAAGGACGCUCAGCUCCAGCAGCAAGAGAAAGAGUUCAAGAAGCUCCAGGAUCAAAACAAGACCCUGCAGGGCUUCAUGAGAGUCCCAGGUGGCAGCAUGUCUCUGCCUGCGCCGACGACGCUUCCGCAGCCCAGCCCGCGGAUGACCCCACGGAACACUCCGCAGAUCUUUUCGCCGGCCCUGUGCUCGCAGCCACGCGUGCUCCGCAGCACCGAGCCAGUGCUGAGUUUGCAAACGGCGGGCCCCCCCAUGUCGCUGGCUACCUUCCCGGUGCGACUAGGGCAGCCGUGUGGAGCCAUGCUCCGAGCCACCCGUGGUGACGCGAGCUGAGCGGCGAAUGAGUUGCUGUAGGGUCGACCCCUGAUCUGGGCAUUGGAUUUCUUUGCA